GUUCAAAGCAAAAGCUUGAGGUUUCUGCUGUCUGGGAUAUUCAGCAAUGGACUACAUCUACAACAGCACAGAUGAAGAUGAGGACAGCCUCCAAGUUCCUUGUCAGUUUUUGGAGAUUUCAACCAUUACUGGAGCCAUGUUCAUCAUAAUCUUUAUCCUCAGCGUCGUCGGCAAUGUCCUCCUCUUAUGGAUUCUCUUUACUUUUGAAAAACUCUAUCUCUCCACAAAAAUCUUCAUUAUAAAUCUUGCUUGUUCUGAUUUGAUCUUCACUGCCUCAGUCCCCUUCUGGGCUGUCUACCACCUUCACUAUUGGGUCUUUGGGGACUUUUUGUGCAAAUUCAUCAUUUGGAUGCACUUCACUGGUCUGUACAGUAGCAUCUUUGUACUAAUGGCAAUGACUGUGGAUCGUUUUUGUACUGUGGUGCUGAACAAAAUGCGAAACAACAAUCAGAGGAAGAAACAGUAUGCCAUCGGUGUCUGUGUAGUUGUCUGGGUGAUCAGUAUUGGUAUAUCUGUGUAUGACGCUUUCAAAAUGGAGCUUUCUGAUGAUUACUACUGUGAAGUUUCUUAUUCUGAUGAUCUUAGAUAUUAUUUUCAAGUUCCUCUGCUUUUUUUCAUCCCAAUUGCCAUUAUUAUUUUCUGCAAUUGUGCCAUUAUAUAUACUAUUUUACGGACGGCAAACAGAACAAGACACAAAGCUCUAAGUGUAGUUUUUUGCAUUGUUGCAGCCUAUAUCAUCUGCUGGGGACCAUACAAUAUUGUACUUCUCAUUAAGGAUUUGUACAAACCCAAAGACUGUGACGAACUGGAGCGGUUGGAUAUUGUCUACAAGGUCUGUCAAAUCCUUGCCUUCUCCCACUGCUGUAUGAAUCCUCUGCUUUGUAUGCUCAACCAAAAGGUUCGAAGUCACCUGUUUUAUCUUUUAUGCCACAGAGUUGGUAUUAUAAGAGAAAGAGCCAACUGACCAGAACAUGUCUCAUGUUGAGAAUACCAGUCCAGCUCGCAAAACACAUGUCCUGCGUAAGCUGCACAACAGAUAAGGAAACUCCCAAACACCAGCUUACACAAGACGAACUCUCUUUUUUAAAUUUAUAUCUGUACCGGUUUGCACAGAUUAUAUUUAAAUGGUGCAUCUGAAAGCCAGAAGUACUAAUUAUAAUACACAAAUAUAGAAUCUUAAAAGUCUGAAGAGUAAUGU